GUUGUUCUACUGGCUCGCGGCAGCUCGAGCGCAGCUGUGCUGCACGCAGCUCCGCACGUGCCACACCUGGCAGCUGUGGUGCUGCUCCACGCAGUAGCUGAGCUGGCCGAGGUGGCCCGUGCUCGAAAGCAUCGCUUGCCGUGGCAGAUGCAGAUCCAUGGCGUGCUACGACACUAUGACUUGCCAGACCUACUGGCAGCCCUUCCGGCAUCCGUUUCCGUGGCAGUGGCGAGCCCGCUCAGUGCAAAGCGACGGCGACUGUCCUGGAGGCAAGCCUGGCGAAGCUAUCGGCUAGCUGCACGUCGAUUCCAAGGCAUGCGCAUGCGGAUCCUGAUGGGUCAGGACGAGGUGACCUUUCAGAUCGCGAGAUUCCUGACGGUACUAUUUCGAGGUGGUGUCCGCAGGUGA